UUUUUUGCUGUGUGCCUACAACGUUCCAAAUAUGUGGGGUUCACCCAUUGCCCCUAUAAACGGCCUUGGUUUUUCUUUUAUCAUACAUCGCAAAAAUCUUGCUACAAACUCUCUCAUCUGUUCUCUCUAUGCAAGAGGAAUAGAUUUUGCAUGAUCAAAAAUAAAUCUUCCAUGCCUUCAUUGCAAAAAGAAUACAUGAAUUACCAACAAAAACCACUAGUUUUUGAUUCUUUGAUCCUACAACAUGAAACCAACAUACCCCAACAGUUCAUAUGGCCCGACAAUGAGAAACCCAACUCCGAAAAAGUCAAGGAACUCGCGGUUCAUGUAGUGGACCUAGGAGGUUUCCUUUCUGGACAAUCUUGCUCAGCCAAGGAAACCUCCAAGGUCGUUGGUGAGGCUUGCAAGAAACAUGGUUUCUUUCUAGUAACCAACCAUGGAGUCAAUGUAAACCUCAUAGAAGAUGCUCAUAGGUACAUGGACUUGUUCUUUGAUCUCCCAUUUCCGGAGAAACAAAGAGCACAAAGAAAAGCCGGUGAGAGCUGUGGAUAUGCCAGCAGCUUCACCGGGCGAUUCUCCUCUAAACUACCAUGGAAAGAAACACUUUCUUUUCAAUUCUCAUCGGAAAAUAACUCAUCCAACAUGGUGAAGGACUAUUUUGAGAACACAAUGGGAAAAGAAUAUACUCGACUUGGGAAAGUGUACCAAGAAUAUUGCAAUGCAAUGAAUACACUUUCACUUCAGAUCAUGGAAUUAUUAGGGAUGAGUCUUGGUGUAAGCCAAUUUCACUUCAAGGAACUAUUCGAAGACAAUGAUUCGAUAAUGAGGCUAAACUACUACCCGAGAUGCCAAAAACCAGACCUCACUUUAGGUACCGGCCCUCACUGCGAUCCAACAUCCUUAACAAUCCUUCACCAAGAUUCUGUUGGUGGUCUAGAGGUGUUUAUAGACAACGAGUGGCGUUCCAUAGCGCCAAAGCAAAAUGCUUUCAUCGUUAACAUCGGCGAUACAUUCAUGGCACUUUCAAAUGGGAGAUACAAAAGCUGCUUACAUAGGGCUGUGGUUAACAACGUAAGUCAUAGGAAAUCACUUGCCUUUUUUCUAUGCCCAAAGAAGGAUAAGGUGGUGAGCCCACCAGAUGAACUAGUGGACGAAAACAACCCUAGAAUAUAUCCAGAUUUUACAUGGUCUACCUUUCUUGAAUUCACUCAGAAGCAUUACCGAGCCGACAUGAAUACCCUCCAAGCUUUCACCCACUGGAUUCAACAGAAAAAUAUAUGAAUUUCAUCAUUUUCAUUAGGAAAUUUCAUAUUGAGUAUGGAAAUACAUCAGGCAAUUUUGUAAUUUUCAUUUUUAGCAUGUAAGAAGUUAGGCGAUUUCGUACUUUUCAGUUCCAUCUAGGUAUUUAUUUAUGAAAUGUGUUGUUUAUGUAAAAAUACAAAAUGGAUAAUUUUAAGUUCCAUCUACGUAUUUAUUUAUGAAAUGUCUUGUUUAUGUAAAAA